CCGGGAGGUGAGUGUGUGCCUGGCCUUGACUGAGACAAGCAGGACCUCAGAAGCCCAGUGACACCAAAAAAGAGGCUCCCAGGGCGCAAGCACCUCCCGCAAUACGCUCCGGCGUUGUCGGCGCAAACCCGAGCUCUAACUAACUUCGCUCCAGCUAAUCUCGAGGAAACCGUAGGGCGCGUCACAGUGGCCUCUCCCGCCUAGCCACGCGUGCUGAAAUUUCCGGCACUCCGGCCAGCUAAGACACGGGAUUUGCACCGCAGCCUCUCAGCUCCCGGAGCCAGAGUCGAGCGCUCCCGGCGGCUUCUCCAAUUUCUCCCCUAAGUGCGAAGGAAACGGCCCCUUUUGCGCCGCGACUGCGAGGCCAGCGGGUCUGGGAGCCGCGCCGGGCUGGGGCGGACCAGGCGGGCCCGGGGCUCCCCGGCGGCGCCCGGGCGGCGGCUCCUCCGCGAGGGUUAAUAGCAGCCCCCGCGGCCCGGUGGGCGCGGACGCUUCCUCUCCGCCGGCCCGGGAACGUGGAUACGGCGCCCGCAGGAUGUUCGCCGGCUGGGCCCGGCAGCCAGGAAACAUGAGAAGGCCUCGGUAUUCCUGUUCCCGGGCCGCGCGCGCCGGUCUGGGUAAAUAAAGCCGAGACGACGGCGGUGGCGGUGGUGAGCGCGCUGGAGCCCGCGCGGAGAGCAUGCGGCGGGGAUGGGAGUGCGCCUAGCCUCGACGCGGGACAGCCAGCCCCCCAGCCGCCGGCCGCCGGCCCCGCCGCCACAGAACGUGAGCCCUGCUGCGGAGCUCCGGGCGGCCCGGCCCCCAGGCGCUGCGGCCGCGCCGCGCGUCCCUGCCAGCCCGCACCAUGAACACCAUCGUCUUCAACAAGCUCAGCGGCGCCGUGCUCUUUGAGGACGGAGGCGCUCCGGAGCGGGAGCGGGGCGGCCGGCCCUACGGUGGCGUCCUGGACAGUCCCCACGCCCGCCCCGAGGUGGGCAUUCCCGACGGCCCGCCCCUCAAGGACAACCUCGGCCUGAGACACCGGAGGACCGGGGCCCGGCAGAACGGCGGGAAGGUGAGGCACAAGCGGCAGGCCCUGCAAGACAUGGCGCGGCCCCUCAAGCAGUGGCUUUACAAGCACCGAGACAACCCGUACCCCACCAAGACCGAGAAGAUACUCUUGGCCCUCGGCUCGCAGAUGACGCUAGUGCAGGUAAGUAAUUGGUUUUCUGAUACUCAGUGCAUUUCAGACUUGCUACAGUGUUGCCUGUGUAUUCAGAACCGAGAAUACCUUCAGUCAUGCCACACUCAGGUGAUGGUGGACACAUCUCUCAACACGCUGGACAAUGGAUCCAAUAAGGGUGACAGUGCAGCUAACAGAAAGGGGCCAAGCAAGGAUGACACGUACUGGAAGGAGAUUAAUGCAGCCAUGGCCUUAACAAAUCUUGCGCAGGGAAAAGACAAGCUGCAAGGAACUACCAGCUGCAUCAUCCAGAAGUCGUCCCAUAUAGCAGAAGUCAAGACUGUCAAGGUGCCACUGGUGCAGCAGUUUUAA